AUGUCCGACGGAUCUUUGACUCCUACCAGCGACAGAACCGUCACCGAAUCACCUGCGCCUGCCGCUUCUAGGGCGCCCGUCAGCAUGUUGGCUCAGGCGAACGCGCUUAGCGCACAGGUCUCUGCCCUCGCAGCGAACUUGGAAAGUUACAUUACGGCGGAGAGAGAAGCUAACGCAGCCAGGCAGAGAUACGGCGCGGAAGUGAAGAACAUGAGUGGGGUAUUGACGGCCACUGAACAACGGCUCGACACGUUCGAGACCAUGCACACGACUUUCGUAAACUCUUUUAGUGAGACUGUCAAAGAGUCACUCGGCGUUUUGGGUGAAAGGAUCGUGGAGAUGGAUAAGCAAGACCAAAAACAUCACGGAGGUAAGGCUAGAUCCCCGGUCAUCGUCCCGCAUCAGUCAAGCUCUAACUCUGUACUCGUCUACUAG